GACGCUCCCAGACGAACGCGAUCAUUUUUUAACCUCUCCUGUUUUAUUUAUUCACGGUCCAGCUCUCACUUCUCAAAGGAAAAACCACCUCAUAGAGAAAGGGCUAUUGGUGUGUCAGGGAUGGGAUCCUACAGGCUUGACUAAUGUGUGAUAUUUUCUAAAACCUCCAUGGAGCUCAUCCAGGCCACCCAGGUUUCCUUAGUGCCACAGGACAAAACCACAACUGCCUGGAACAACAGUUCGGUCCUGAUAUAUUUCCAUCCUUUGCUUUCUACUGUUUCCUAUGAGUCGAUUCCCAGCAUCAGCCAAGCUGAAGAUUCCUUCCUCUUUAACAGCAGCUGCUUUAACACUACUAAAGAUAUACCAACGUCCCUUCCAGGGUUGGCAGGGGUUUUCAUCCCUCUUAUAUAUGGGAUAGUUUGCAUCGUUGGGUUAGUGGGAAACACUCUGGUCAUUCAUGUGAUUGUGAACUACACAAAGAAUGAGUCAGUCACGAACAUCUACAUCCUCAACCUUGCAAUCGCAGAUGAACUUUUUAUGCUAGGUUUGCCCUUUCUGGCGGUGCAAAAUGCCCUCCUCUCUUGGCCCUUUGGCUCACUGAUGUGCCGUGUUGUAAUGACAGUAGAUGCCUUCAACCAGUUCACCAGCAUAUUCUGUCUCACUGUGAUGUCAGUUGAUCGGUACCUGGCAGUUGUUCAUCCCAUUCGGGCCUCCUGGUGGCGACGCCCCCACGUGGCAAAGGCUAUUAGUGCCACAGUAUGGCUGGUGUCCUUUGUGGUGGUGUUGCCAGUGGUGGUCUUUGCAGAUGUGCUGAAGGACGAUGGAAACUGCAGCAUCGUGUGGCCUGAACCAGCAGAAGUGUGGAAGACAUCUUUUAUUGUGUACACAUGCACUGUUGGCUUCUUCUGCCCGCUGCUUGUCAUCUCUUUAUGCUACCUACUGAUCAUCAUCAAGGUGAGGAAUGUAGGGAGGCGGACCCAGACCACAUCCUCCAGACGCAGAAGGUCAGAGCGAAAAAUCACCAGAAUGGUGGUGGUUGUUGUUGCAGUGUUUGUUUUCUGUUGGCUGCCAUUCUAUGCUCUCAACAUUCUGAACCUCCUCGUCGUCCUGCCUGGAGACUUCAGAGGACUCUACUAUUUUGUUGUCGUUCUUUCGUAUGCAAACAGCUGUGCCAACCCAAUACUGUACGGUUUUCUGUCAGACAACUUCAAGAGAGGCUUCAGAAAGGCUUUGUGCCGCACUUCACGCAAGGUGAAGAACAAUGACAGGGCUGCCACUGAGGCACAGCGGCCCACAGAGGAGUGGGGGGGCAUCGUGCUCCUGACACAGAAAAGAAUCGGCAACACACAUGGGAAAUACUGUGGUGGAAACAACGUCCUGGAGGAAGUGUCUGGAGCAGGUGGAGGCUUGCCAAUGAGACAAAGAGGUAGCUUGUCACUUAAGGGAUACAACUCCAAAGCAGAAGAAGAAACUAUAGCCCAUAUUAUGCCGAAAGCUACUCCUGAACUAACUUCAGGUGUUGAUAAUUUUGAUGUUCCUCAUUCUACGGCUAAUAAAAGUGGAAACAGGAACUCACAAACCGAGAAAGUCCUGGAAAAAAACUCUGUGCUCGAUAUCAGCUAUCUGUAAAAGAUGAUAAAGCUAUUUACAAUAAGGCCUCUGUAAAUUUCCAUUGUACAUUUCUUUAAAGUUCUCUGUGAUACCAGUUUGCUUUAGAACUUAUUUGUAUUGAUGGAAACGUUUGUGUCACAAUUCAUUUUGAAAAACCAUAAAAGUUGGAAUGUCAGACUGUAAAUCAGAGCUAGAACUGACAUGUAAAUGUUUAACUGUUCAAGACAUGGAAAAUGUAAGUAUUUCCCAAUGCUUUUGUCUUUAUGUUUGCUUAGACUUUAAAAAUCACUAGAGAAUGCAACCAUGUUCUCAUCAGACUGCCAGGUUCAAUUUUCUUCACAGAAGAGGCUCAUAAGGGUUAAAACUCACAUUUAGAUAGGAAGGGCUUUUUUAAACGCAUUAUUUCCAAAAGCAUCAGUGUGUAUUGCUGGUACUCUAAAGGUAAUUUCAACUUUUUUAAACAAGGAACAUCUGAAAUGGCUUUUUUCGCUGCAUGAAUCAGUUCCCCUGUGGUAGAUGCCAGUUAAUGACCUACUGUGAAAUGGAAAUGCCUUCUGCAGGCUUCAAACAGAUAUCAUUUGGGCUUUUUAUGAAGCAUAAUCUAUACAUUCUCUGGUAUUUAGACUUAAGCAUUAUUAUAUCAAAGUCAUAUAUUGACCAAAAUGAAUGAAAUAAUCUGUCACCUUUUAGAAAGGAAAGUCAAAGCAGAAAGUCAUCAGAACAGUACUUCUUAAGUUUCCUUUCAAGUUGAAUCUGUUCAGUUACAUUGCAGUAGCAUGCCUUUAAUGUUUUGCAUGAUUAUUUGGAGAUAAAGGAGCAGAAACUGCAUUUAAGUGUUGAGAAUUUUACUCUUAUUGCCUGGGUAACUUAAAUUAUGUCAAUGCAAUGGUCACUGUAUUAGUGUUGUAUUUCGUAUUGGAAUAUGUAAUAUAUGCUUUAUUAAAGACGUUACAAAACCAUGACAUAAAUGUUAUAUAUAAAGAUAUAUUUGUAAUUCUGUGUGAAAAUUGAUAAAGAAUGAAAUCUUGACUGUUUUUAGUGUUUGCAUUUCACCUAAUAAAGGUUGUGUUGUAUACUUUGUCACUUGAAAUAUUCUGAAACUCGUACACUGAAGCAAACAGAAGGUAAAAACACAAACAUUUAUUUUGGAAAAGUGUUUCAAAUGCAACCCAAGCAGACGGCAAGAAAUAUUCUGGCUGGUUUGUCUAGCUGUUGAAUAGAAGACAAAUACCGCCCUCUAGUUGUAGCCAUGAGGAAUGCAUGUUUGAUA